GUUGGAACACACAAUCCGCAUUCACAUAUCGUCGCGGAAAAGCUCGCGCCCGAGGAGCUGCGCAAUUCGUAUUAAUAAACGCUACAAGAUCAUCUGAAAAUUGAAAAUGAGCGGAACGAAAAGUCCAGAUGACUUACUACAGGAUGAACUGAUAGAUGAGAUUCUUGAAACGAUUUAUUCCGGCAUGCAGCAAUUCAAUGGGAAUAUUAUGAAGUUCCUCAUGGAAGCGAACCCGAGCAAAAAUCUGGCGUUCUCUCCCGUUGGUUGUCAUCUCACAUUGUCAAUGACUUCGUACGGGGCUGCAGGAGGUUUCGAAAGCGCUUUCGGUCACGCGCUUGGAUUACCGUCACCGAGAUACUUCGGAGAUUUGGGAUUCAGGAAAAUCGUCGAGCGCUACAACAAAUACAAAACAGCCGACGUGGUGUUGAAGAGCUCAAUAUUUGUUCCUCCGGGACUUCAGCCGUUCAGAGAAUUCAUCGAUCAAGCGAAGAACAUUUUUCAGGGGAGUCUACACGAAGUAGAUUUCAGCUCGAGCACAGCGAGCAGUACCGUGAACAAUAUGGCCCGGGAUAAGAUGGUGGCUGAUAUCGCAGACGCAAUAGCACCGACUGAUGUUAACAAAGAUUCGAGCAUAGUUCUCGUAAACGCUUCGUACUUUAAAAGCAAUAAGUUCGAAGUCAGAGAGACCGUCUAUCGAAGUCAACAAAAUUUCAUACGUCAUGAUGGAACCUCAAAAAAAAUGACUUUUUUGAGCCUCCGCGGAGAGUUCACGGUUGGCCAAUGUAUACAAAAGAGACUGUUACCUGGUGGGGGUAACGGAUACCUGAGCGAUUUUAUCAUGAUUCCAUUCGCAAAACCAGCAGCGGAAGAUUACUACGAUAUGAGCAUGGUCGUAAUUUGUCCUCCCGAAAUAGAGAACACGACAGACAAGUUUAAGGAGAUCGAAAGCACGUUUAAUCAAAUUUCUACUAUGGAAUUUAUCGGUGGGCAAAAAUCAAAGUGCCAUUUACUGAUGCCGCAAUUCCGGAUUAAAUUUCAAUGCGACUUGAAGCCAGCCCUCGAAAAACUGCACAUGGACGUUUUGUACGAUCCGAUACGAGUAUACUUUCGAAAAAUCAUGAUCACUCCUGACCUCAUUCUGACGAAAGCAGCACAAACGAGUUUCAUGGACAUCAACGGUGGAGUUGAAUCAAAGGAUGAUGUUAGUGAUGAGGUGAAGUCACGUUUGCACAGCAUCGACCAACAGUUUAUAGUCAACCGUCCCUUCUAUAUUUUGAUCCUCGAGACGACUGACUUUCCCGUCAUAAAAGACCCCACAAAAAAGGAAGAUGAAUAUUCAAAGAAAAAUGACAUUCCUCCUCAGAUCGUCUUCGCUGCCCGUUUCACGGAUCUGUGA